CGCGCGAAGCCUUUUUCGUUUCUACGUCACUUAGAAUCCACUGACAAAAUAGACCCGGUCUUUUAAAAUCCGUUAUUGUUUUUUUUCCCCGUCAAAAUCUUCCAGCUGUUCGUGAUAUGGAGGAGUUUGUUGUCAGUGUAAAAAACUUGUCAGAGAAACUUCUCCACAGACAGAACAAUUCAAAUGUGGAUGAGGUGAUUGAGACUCUCUUCAAAGAGAUUUCAUCUCUGGCGAGAUCUUCAACCGUACAGAAUUCACAGGUGGUGGAAAAUGCCAUUCAGUUGUGGAACUGGGCCGUUACCAAAUGUGUUGGCUCAAACAUCACAGCGGAACAGAAGGCCAAAGUGCAUCAUGUGGCAUGCAGACUUCUGUAUUUGUGUGGGCCUGAGAGCCCAUCAGAGAAUGUUGUUCGCAAGCAGAUUCUGAUGGCCAGUAAAACAGGGAGAACAUGGCUUGAUUGUAAACAACCCAAAUUAGCUGAUGAUUUUUUAAGCCUAGCUGUCAAUAGCCUGGAGACUCUUUACAGCCAACUAACAUCCCAUGGAGAUUGUGCAGAAGAUACAAACGCACCAAAGGGAGACAUAGAGAAAGACUUGCUUCGGAUUUUGUCUUAUCAAGCUGAAUCAGCUUUUUCUCAAGAGCAUCAUCAAGAGGCAGUGUCUUACAUUCACAGAUGUAAAGAAAUGCUUCUGCGUCUCCCUAAAGAGACUGGCUAUGUCGCUCUCAUCUGUUACAAAUUCGGGGUUGACACUUUCAGUCAGGGAAAGCAUGAAGAGAGCUCAUUUUGGCUCAGCCAAAGUUAUGAUGUAGGCAGGAUGAACAUGAAGUACUCACCAGGGCCAGAGAUGCAAGCCAAAGUCUUGAGACUUCUUUCCACAGUUUACUUGGAAUGGGACUGUAAGAAGUAUCAGGAGAAAGCUCUUCAUGCUGUUAGCCUAGCUAACAAGGAGAAUAUGCAGUUGUCAGGCCUCUUCUUGAAGAUUCGUAUCCUAGUGAGGAGUGUUAGCCCAGAUGAUGCAGUAAAAUCUGGGCUCUCAGAGCUUCUGGCCUCUGAGGUUCCACUGGAAGUAUGUUUGGGUGUAGUAAAACUGCUUGUGGCAGAAGACAGGGAGGCACUGGCCUUUGACUUCCUAAAGAGGGUGUGUCAGCAGUUUGAAUCAUCUCCUGAGCUGGGCUCUGCUCUGCUGCUGCAUAUAGAGCUACUGCUGCAGAGGGACAAAGAGCUGCUGGCCAAGCAGAAGAUUGAGGAUGCAAUUGCAGGACAUUACACUGGAAAACAACUAUCACCACAGACUCUCUCGUCUCUUCACCUUCUUCUGUGGGAAAGAGCUUCCAAAUGCUUUGAAGCUAAGAACUACUCUGAAGCUCUGCAGUGGUAUAACUUCUCACUGAGUUUCUACAAAGCAGGACAAUUGGAUCAGAACUUAGCUAAACUGCAAAGAAAUCGUUCCUCCUGUUUCCUGCACCUGCAAAAUCUUGAGAAGGCCAAAGAGGCAGUAGAAGAGGCAGCACGGAUUGAUCCAUCCAGCAUUUUCACACAGUUCAACAUCUACAAGAUUGCUGUAUUAGAAAACAAAGCAGAAAGAGCUAUGGUGGCUUUGAGAGAGAUUAGUGUACUGGCUCAGACUCCAGUAAACAAUGAGGACCGAGUGCUAGUGACUGAGAAUGCUACAACAAACCUUCUAAGCCUGGCAGCUCAGAUCGCCCUGGAGCAUGAACUGCAGGAAAUAGCCAUCAAAGCCCUUGAGAGUCUGUGUGAACAUUCACAAGAUGUUGUUCAAAUCCUCACUGCCUUGAGGUGUUUAGUACAACUUGUUCAUUCGACAAUGGAAAGCAUGUUUGAGGAAAACAGAAAUGCCACCUUAGAUAUCGUCUUGUUGUACCUAAAGACAGCUCUGCAGAGAGUGUCACAGAUACACUAUAUUCCUGGCCAGGAUGUAGAUGAGCGUUCAGAAAAUGCCAACUGGUUCAGGAGAAUCGCAUGGAACUUAGCCCUGCAGUGUGAGCACAGUCUUUUUAGGAUGAGAGAUUUCUUUCUCCUCUCCUUUCAGCUGUCGCAGCUGUGUGCUUCAGACAGAGCUGUAUUGGUGGGGCAGAAGACGUGUCUAAUCAUGGCUGCUGCUGCUGCGCUGGAGAUCUGCAGGAGCUCUAAUCACAUUGAGCAACAGACAGAGCUGCUGACCAAGACAAUAGAGCACAUAGAGCUCUGUAAAGAAGUGUGGAGGACCAUCAAAACAUCAGGCACUUCCUCCAAAGACCCGACAGACAUGUUAUUGCUGCUCUAUGAGUUUGAAGCACGGGCCAAAUUAAAUGAUCCCAAGCUUGAAUCUGUGCUUGAGUCAGUUUUGGAGCUGGAUAACAUUGAAACUAAGGCGUUGGAAACAAUUGCAGUCCUUGCAAUGGAACCGCCAGCUCAUUUCCCUGUGCUGUGUAAGAAAGCAUUGAGGAUUGCCCUGUCUCUGCACAGGAAAAACCCACAGGCCGAUCUCACAUGCUGCAGUAACUGUUUACACAGCCUUAUUCAGCUGUCCCUGCCGAAUGGUAUGUCUGAAGCGGAGCCCCGUGUGUUGGAGGAAGUGUGGAGCUACUUUGAGGAAGCUCUUUCCAUCUUAGCAACCACACCUGAGGACUUUCCAGAGCUGGAGAUUCUGUGGCUUCUGACCCAAGCAUGGAACACAGGAAUCCUGCUCUACAGUCUGGCCCAGUACCCCGAGGCUGAGAGGUGGUGCGGGCUGGGAAUGAGCUUCCUGCGGCACCUGGGCUCCCUGCAGGACAGCUAUCAGACACAGAUGGUGGGUCUGUACAGUGAGGUGUUGGACAGGCUGGAUAAAGCCAAGAAAAACCUCAUCAUUGAGGAAUAAUCAUGGCAUCAGUCGCAGAUGGAGAUCUCAGGUCUUAAUAAGCAGUGUGAAUUUCUGUUCAUGUUUAUAACAAAUGUGUCUGACAUACAUCCAAGGUUUUGUUCUUAAGCCUAUUCAUUAUUAUAUCAACUGCUUCAACUGUUCAUAAUUAUAAAAUGUUUCAAAAUAGAAUUUCUUGAAAUGUAUGAUCAUUAUGAUCAAAUAUACAUUAGAAUGUCGUGUUAAUAAGUUUUUUUUUUUAAAUGGUAGUAUAAUUUUAUUACCUGUCAUCCAAUUAACUUUAUGAGUUGUCCCCUGUUAGUUGGAGUCAUAACAUUGAUAUUGUGAUAGAAAACAAGUAAAAAUGCAGGCAUUGAAAUCAUAACAGAGUCACAUAGUUUAUUUCCAAACAAAUAAACUCUUGUCCAGUCCAAAAAAAAGAAGACAUAAAAAGAAAUACAAAAAAAAAAAUAAACUGUAGGACUGUGUUCCCUCCUGACCAGGAUAUAAAAGACUGGUUUUCCUUGUGUCCUGAUUGUACCACCUGUAAUUAUGGGGAGGACACUACUGUACAAUCAAAGGGUUCAUAUUUGCAAGCACUUACUGCACAGGUGUGCUGUCACAUCAAAAACUCAUAAUCACUCAAAAAGACAAAUCAGGCCCCUUCCCUCCCCGUUUCAUGCUCAUGCCUCCGGAACCGAGACCCUCAGUAAUACACAUGGAGGCCCCAUCCCUCCCCCUUUCAUGCUCAUGCCUCCGGAGCUGAGACCCUCAUUAAUACACAUGGAAACGAUUCAAUCAACUUCAUUAGAAAUAUAGCACAAUUAAAAUUCUUUGGGCUUUACAGACACGGCUGACUGGCAUCAAUGGCGUGAACAGUCAGCUGCUUUUCCACUCAUCACUUUAGACAACCAGUUCUAUACUAAAUUCGUAAUUUAUGCUCCUGGUUUACUUAAAUAUCACUCUACACACUGUCCACAUGUCUCAUAUAUACAUUUGAAGUCAGUAGUUUACAUACAUAGUUUACAUCAGUUUUUCAUAUUUCCUGACAUUUAAUAAUACAAAACAUUCCAUCUUAGGUCAAUUAGGAUCACUACUUUAUUUUAAGAAUGUGAAAUGUCAGAAUAAUAGUAGAGAGAAUUAUUUAUUUCUUCACAUUCACUGUGGGUCAGAAGUUUACAUACACUUGUUAGUAUUUGGUAGCAUUGCCUUUAAAUUGUUUAACUUGGGUCAAAUAGCCUUCCACAAGCUUCAAUAUAUCCACAUAAUUUUCCUUCCACAUGAUGCCAUCUAUUUUGUGAAGAGCACAAAGCACCCCCACAACAUGAUGCUGCCACCCCCAUGCUUCACGGUUGGGAUGGUGUUCUUCGGCUUGCAAGCGUCUCCAAACAUAUUGAUGGUCAUUAUGGCCAAACAGUAAAAAUUUUGUUUCAUCAGACAAGAAGGCAUUUCUCAAAAAAGUAAGAUCGUUGUCCCUGUGUGCACUGCAAACCAUAGUCUGGCUUUUUUAUGGUGGUUUUGGAGCAUCCUUUCUGGUUAUGUUGAUGUAGGACUUGUUUUACUGUGGAUCUAGAUACUUGUUUAACUGUUUCCUCCAGCAUCUUGACAAGGUCUUUUGCUGUUGUGCUGGGAUUGAUUUGCUCUUUUUGCGCCAAACUACGUUCAUCUUUAGGAGACAGACUGUGUUUCCUUCCUGAGUGGUAUGAUGACUGCAUGGUCCCAUGGUGUUUAAACUUGUGUACUAUUGUUUGCACAUAUGAACGUUGUACCUUCAGACAUUUGGAAAUUGCUCCCAAGGAGGAACCAGACUUGUGGAGGUCCACAAUUGUUUUUCUGAGGUUGAUUUGGCUGAUUUCUUUGAAAUAUCCCAUGAUGUCAAGCAAAAAGGCAUUGUGUUUGAAGGUAGGCCUUAAAAUUCAUCCACAGGUCUCCAAUUCAGUACACCUCCUAUCAGAAGCUAAUUGUCUAAUGGAUUUACAUAAUUUUCUGGAAUUUUCCAAGCUGCUUAAAUGCACAGUUAACUUGGUGUUUGUAAACUUCUGAAUCACUGGAAUUGUGAUAUAGUCAAUUAAAAGUGAAACAAUCUGUCUGUAAACAAUUGUUGGAAAAAUUACUCAUGUCAUGCACUAAGUAGAUGUCCUAAACGACUUGCCAAAACUAUAGUUUGCUAAUAUAAAAUCUGUGGAGUGGUUAAAAAAAUUGUUUUAAUGACUUCAACCCAAGUGUAUGUAACUUCUGAAUUCAACUAAUAUAUAUAUUUGUUUUUCAUCUAUACACUCAAGACACGUUCCACGAUAUCACAAGUAGACAGGCCGUAUUGUAGGGAAGCUUAUUCCCAACUUACUAAAAAAGAAUUCUGAUAGGCAGCUGCAGAUUUUUCUUUUCAAUAGAGAAAUACCAACAUUAUGGCACAUUUGUAUGGAAAUUAUUCUCAAUAAUUAAAAGUUUACUUACCUGACAUUUGUGAUUUAUAAAACAUGUUUGUCCCAGUUAUAUCACGCAUGCAUGAAGCACAGGUGGGGAGGGGGGGUUGAUAUGUACACUUUACAGCAAUCAUACCCAUUUAAACAGUCUGUAAGCAGUUUAUAAAUGGCUCUGUUCCCUUCGAUUAUUCCCUGAACUCUGAAGCUGAUUUAGCAGAGAUGCAUGGCAGGUGAGCACACCUGUUUAGAAAAUGCCUGCAGAUAUAAAAGAAUUGAAUUGACUUUCAUAGAAACCAGACUUCUUGAUAUAAAAAGAAAGACUUUUGUUCUCAAGGGAUCAAAGGAAGUACUGUACUCCUUUAUGCAUCAUCACCGUCCCAUUCCAGAUCCUCAGGAGUAAUAAACUCGAAUGCAGGUUGGCCUGUUCCCUCCAGUUUAACCCAAUGCAGAGAAGGGGAACCACAGACAUAGUGCUUACAAAAUAGUUAAAAUAAAAGUAGUAAAUAUUUAGAAUACACAAGUAUAAUAUAUCAGCAUGUCUGGGUACUCUGGGUUUGGGGCAGAGGAAUCACCCCUUUGAGUUCAUAUUGAUAUGAGUCGCUCUAUAUUACAAUAUGAUUGCUGCCCUUCUGUCACAAAAAAAAGUAAAUAAUAAAAUCCAUCCGAUUCCUGAGCUUGCCAAGCUCAUCCCGGCACAAAGCUCAACACAGUGGAGUAAACAUCAGCCCGGAAAUAAAGAGAAAAACAAAAAUAGUUUAAAAGUGGUCAUUACAAAGAACAGAUUUAAUCAAACCAUCUUUGAGUUCUGGGGAAAACUGGCAAUUUCAGGCUCCACUAACUCUUUAAUAUCAAGAAGGACAUCCAAUACAAUUAUCGUCUUGAUUCUACCCGUUUUAAGGCUGCGCUUCAAGGCAGCCAACAGGACAGUACCUUGUUACCGUUCAGUCUGAAGAGAAUAUAGUUGUGGAAGGCAGAGGAAGUGCAAGUGGGCUGUCUGCUUUUCAACAACUCCAAUGAGGGGCUCGGCUGCCAUAAUUGGAUUUCAAAAAUCAGUCACUUAAUACAAAAAAUAAAUUGCAAAAAAGGAUUUCACAGAGGUAAGACACUUGAGUCUAUUGCACUCACAAGUUGGGCCUCAAAUAGGAUGAUGGGGAAACUCACAAAUGGCACUAAAAUAGUUUGGAGUCUCCCACUAAGCACUGAUAGGUUGAAUAUUGUAUCAUAUACCUAACAAUUGACAGUAAAUUUACACAAGCAUUUAUUAAUUUUAAGGCAGUUUGGUGUUCUGCAGAGAGCCCAGUUUCACCUCUCUACCCCCAUCUUCAAUACAGAGCAGCUAAAACCACAAGAAAGAAAUAACUCAAAAACCCAAAGACAAAUAAAUGAAAUCUAACAGCCCUCCAAGUAGACAACUCUAAGUGAAGUGUAAAAUGUGUACCGUAUAACUUCUUAUUAUGUAGUUAAAUCUCUCCAUAGGAUUUUUAUAUUCCAUGUGAUUUCAGUAAUAUAAAUGUAUAGACUCAACCCCUAUUUUCCAUUUUAUUCUGCCUCCAAAGGUAUCAAUGUUGACUGCACCAUAUAAACAAAUGGGCAGCCAAUCAAAUGUAGCACGCUGGUUUGUGAUUACUGAAGAUCACCAGUUUUUAAGUUUCUCCACUUAUAAACAAGAGCAGUGACUCCAACAGUACCAUCAGCAGGCUUCAUGUGUAUCUAGUCCUUGUAGAAAACCUUGUAGGUCUUUGCUCCGCAUCCUUGAAAGUAUUUUACAAUGAAACUGAAUGAACAUAUACAAGGUUCCCACUUCUACGAUGUGGCACCAUUUCCGAAGGUCCAUCUCAAACUCCCCACUCCUCAAUGUUGCUUCAUUAAGACGUUCUCAUCUUCACAAGUCCAUCCGAAACGCAAAGAAUUUUCUUUUUUUCUUCUUUUUUUUUUUUUUUGUUUAACAUGACAAAGAAAUGUCUUUAGGAAUGGCAUUUCCAAUCUUGAAUGGAAUUGCUGAAACUCAUGCAGGGGUGUGCACAGUCACAGUAAUGGUGAUAAGAGAUUUUCAAUUUGAGGAUAACAUAAUGAUGACACUAAAACUUGAUAGGAAACAUCAGUGAAAGGGAGGAAAAGUUGUCAGGUGGGAGUGGGGUCAGGCGGGGCUAUGUGGAGGUGGCGAGCUCAGAGCUUCUCUGCUGACGGGAUCCAGAUAUAAGGGCCUGACUGCUCCUCUAUUAUCAGCUUGAUUUUAUUAUAGAUCUCCUCUAGUGAGUCACCCUGGACUAUGGCUGUA